AUGUUUUUGAUCUCGGAUCAGCAACUAGAUGUGGAUAGAGCCAAAUCCCUGACACGACCACACGGUCGCUUGGAUGGGGUCAUUAUCCAAUGGCUAAAGAAGCCUCCCUUCCUGCUCGGAAGCUUAGCCUUUGGCGUUUUGAGCGAAUUGGAUGCUUUGGUGGUUAAGCCGAUUGUGAUCAAGACAUUGCUCGGUUUGAUUUCAGCUUUAAGGCAGGACACGAUGCUUGUAAAUAUAGCUCCUCGCCUGGAAGAAGAUAACUCAGAAAUACGCGGGAGCCGCCCUACGGGGCCCGAUGACGCUCCCAACUAUCGGGAAUUUGCUCCGGUUCGUCACUCUACCCGUCCGACCACAUUAGAUCCCCGCGGAAAUAUGAAAUCCAACGGGAUUUUGGCCGCAUCAUCAGCAGUGGGGGCUUUUCAACCUCUCGAAGCGAAUCCCCAUGCGAUCUCCAUGCGAUUGCCUUGGUUGCGAAGGAUGAAAAGACCUAUCGUCUAA